GGCUAUGUCUUUGCCUUUGAUUGGUGGCAAUACGAUCCGUCGUCCCAUUGGUUGUAGAGUCAGUGACGGCUACGAGCCAAUCACCAAUAGCUUAUCCCGCCCAGGAAAAGGAUAAAAGGGAAGGAGUAGCUCACUCGGUAAGAUACAGUCUUGCCUUGUUUUGUAAGUGAGGGCUUUCUGCGGGAACGUGAAGAAUGUCCGGCCGCGGGAAACAAGGAGGCAAAGUUCGUGCUAAGGCCAAGUCCCGUUCGUCUAGGGCCGGGCUGCAGUUCCCCGUGGGUCGCGUCCAUCGCCUGCUGCGAAAAGGUAACUACGCGGAGCGUGUCGGGGCUGGAGCGCCUGUUUACAUGGCCGCCGUACUGGAGUACCUGACGGCUGAGAUCCUGGAGCUGGCAGGCAACGCGGCCCGCGACAACAAGAAGACUCGCAUCAUUCCGCGCCACUUGCAGCUGGCCAUCCGCAACGACGAGGAGCUCAACAAGCUGCUGGGCAAGGUGACGAUCGCGCAGGGCGGAGUGCUGCCCAACAUCCAGGCCGUGCUGCUGCCCAAGAAGACUGAGAGCCAUAAGGCUAAAAGUAAAUAAGCUCAGUGGGCAAAGCUUCUCACGAGUUUUUUACACGAAAAUAAUUACAACCCAAAGGCUCUUUUCAGAGCCACC